AUGGGAAAUGAUAUAGCGGAGAAUGUUUUGGGAACUGCAGGUACUAUCUGUUGGUGUAUUCAACUCAUCCCUCAAGUUAUACGGAAUUAUAUGGUUAAACAAUGUGAAGGGCUUCCACCAAUGAUGAUGUUUCUAUGGGCCGCCAGUGGGAUCCCCUUUUCCAUAUACUUUAUAGGAACCGAUGGGUCCAUACCAUUAAGGAUCCAACCUCAACUUUUCACCUUCUUCUGUCUAUGUACUUGGUGUCAAUGUCUUUAUUAUCCACCGGUGCAAUGGCCUAUUAAGAAGGUUAUUGUAUAUGUAUCAGCAUUUGUGCUUAUCGGAGGUGGUUUGGAAGUUGGGCUUAUAUUGUGGCUCAGACCACUUUAUCGUGAUGGAAAGGAAUGGCCAAUGUUGAUAGUGGGGAUUAUUGCAUCUAUAUUACUUGGGAUUGGACUUAUACCUCCGUAUUUCGAAUUAUGGAAAAGAAAGGGACGAGUUGUGGGGAUCAAUUUUGUUUUUUUAUCUACAGAUAGUUUGGGUGCCAUACUUUCAAUGUUAUCGAUUGUUGUGGGUACAAUGGACGUGAUGAGUGUGAUCUUGUAUGCUAUAGUGAUUUUCUUGGAAGUGGGUAUAUUUGCUAGUCAAAUCAUUUGGUAUGUUACUGGUGGAAGAACUAUUAUAAGACAAGAGAAGGCGCAAGAGAAAGCUGCUAAAAGGGCACUAGAAGAACAGGAACAAGAUGAGCAAGAUGACGAACAAGAAGAUGAUGUUGAAAAGACUCAACAGGUUAGUGUACAAACAACGGGAAUUAAUUAG